AUGAUAAAUAAAUCUAAGAUUUGUUAUAUUUUGACAUCUUUGUUAGCAGUUUUGGCUGCUGUAGGGAUCAUUUACUCAUUUAAAUUUAUAUCUAUUGGCAUUCAAGGACAUCAGAUAGAUAAAUUUGUUAAGCAUGCUGGAUACUAUUAGCUCAAUUAAAUAGAAUCUUAAUCUGAGGAUGGCAGCUUUACUGCUAUUUUAAGCUGGGUUAAAGGUAAAAAAGAAAAAGAAUUAAACUCUUCUCCUGUAGUUAAAGAUUUAAGAGUAACUUUUAAAGUUGAUGCUAAUGAUGAGUGCUAAUUCAAAAUAACUGAUCUUAGUAAUUCCAGAUUCCAUCUUCCUGAAAAUGAGCCUUAUCCUUUUACAAAACAAAGAUUUAGCAAAAAGCAAUAAGAAUUUAAUUUGUUUGAAACUGAAAUCAGCUAAGUUGGAUAGAAAUUCUAUUUUGAACUAAGAAGAAAGAGCACUAAGGAAAUUAUCUUCUCAACCAAAAACUUUCCUAUCUAUUUUACUGAUAAGUAUAUUGAAGUUACCACUUAAAUGAAAGACUCCAUGAUAUUUGGAUUAGGAGAUAGAAGAACUGACUUUCUUCUUAAAUCAGGUAAAUACUCUCUUUGGACUAGAGACGCAGCAGAUAUUGAUAAUGGAACUCCAGGAAAAGAAAUAUACGGAUUUCACCCAAUGUAUCUUAGAAGAGAUAUUGUAAAUAACUAAUUUUAAGUGACUCUUUUCAGGAACUAUUAUGGAAUGCAAGUCGAUUAUGAACAGAAUUCACAUUUAACUUACAAAGUUAUUGGAGGAAAUAUUGAUUUUAAAUUUUUCAUAAGUGACUCUAAUCCAGAAAACUCAAUUAAGCUUUAUCACAAUUAUAUAAAUGGGUGGAUUUUGCAUCCUUUCUGGUCUUCUGGUUUUCACCAAUGUAGAUGGGGUUAUAAAAACUCAGACAUGCUCAUGGAUGUUUGGAAUAAUUAUAACAAAUAUGAAAUACCUUUCGACUCUCUUUGGACUGACAUAGACUACAUGUACAAAUACCAAGACUUUACUAUUGACUUUGAAAGAUUCAACAUCACUCAAAUGCAGCAAAUCUAUAAUUUAUCUGACCCUAAUGGUGUUCAUUGGAGCAGUAUAGUUGAUGUAGGAAUUGCUUUGGAUAGCGAUGCUGCUGAAAAAGGUUUAGAAAUGAAUGUGUUUAUUUAAAGCGCUAAAACAAAUCAGUCUCUAAUUGGAAAAGUCUGGCCAGGAAAAACAUAUUUCCCUGACUUUAAUCACCCUAACUCAACAGAAUUUUGGUAUGACGGAUUAAAAAAUCUAUCAAGCUACGGUAUCUCUCAAGAUGGUAUUUGGAUAGAUAUGAAUGAGUUCUCUAACUUUGUACCAGGUGAGUUAGUGCCAAGCGAAUCUUUAGUUGAAAAAAUAAAAUCAUUUUUCGCUAUUGAUCAACCUGCUCUUCCUUUUAAUCCUUUGGGUAUUUAUUUCAGCAAUCAAAAUUCAAUAUUUAAAAUUUAGUUAAAUAAUUAAAUAAAUAUGUUUUAAUUGAUUUAUGAAGGUUUGUAGAGAAUAGACCAUAAGACACUCUCACUUGAUUCAAAGCACUACAGUGGAUACGAUCAAGGUAUUUUGUAUAACUCUUCAAAUGGCUACAUUCCUACAUAGUAUGAUUUCCAUAAUUUAAAUGGCUUUGGAGAAGGAAUAGCAACUUAUAAAGCAGCUUAAAAAUUAGGAAAAAAACUUACUUUUAUACUUUCUAGAUCAACCGCUGUAGGAAGUGGAAGAUAUGUUUAACACUGGAAUGGUGAUGGAUAUUCAACAUGGGAGUAUAUGAAAUUAAGUAUUCCUUCUAUUAUGAAUUUCAACAUGUAUGGUAUUCCUUUUAAUGGAGACGAUAUAUGUGGACUUAUGGGUGAUGCCACAGCAGAAGUCUGUGCAAGAUGGUAGUAAUUAGGAUCUUUAUACCCUUUUUCUAGGAAUCAUAAUAAUAAUGACGCUCCCUCAUAAGAGCCUUAUGUAUUUAAGGACCAUCCUUACGUCCUGUCUUCUACAAUAAAAACUUUAAAUGUUAGGUAUCAGCUUCUGAAGUUUUAUUAUCACUUAUUUGUCAAAGCCAACGGCUUAGGAACUAUUUUUAGACCACUAUUUUGGUCAUUCUCAAAUGAUGAUAACGCAUAUACUUAUGAAACACAGUUCAUGGUUGGAGAUUAUCUCAUGGCUGCUCCCGUAGUUUAACCAGGAAAUGCAAUAAAAUAGUCAACCCACUCUUGUGUAUAUAUCCCAAAAGGAGAAAGUUUUUAUAAUUUUUAUGACUACACUGAAUACAAAGAAGGUGAACACUGUUAUGAAGUUCCUUUUGAUUCUGUUUUACCACUUUACAUAAAAUCAGGUAAAAUAGUUCAUAUCCAAGAUAAGUAAAAAGUGCUAAGAAGUCGAUUCCUCGAUAACACCUUUACUUUAAUGAUUGUUUUAGAUGAAAAUAAUUACUCUUCUGGCUCUAUGCUAACUAUUGAUGAUUACAACAGAGAUGAAAAUAUUAUUUCUAAUUGCAUUUAAAAUUAUAAUUGUGUUAUUGAUUUAUUCGCUCAAGGUAAAUUAAACGAAAACAACCUAUUUUAGGUAGAGCUUAGAAUACAGUAAGAAAAAUAAAACACGACUUAUCAGAUUAUUUUAAUUGAUAAAUUAAUUGUUAUUGGAGCUAAAGCAAAUGGAAAAAGCUAUCAGAAAACAAUCAAUCUGAAUACAAAUCCUUGGAUUAUUGAUAGAAAUGACCUUCAAUUUAAUUUUUCAUUUUAAAUAUGA